CAGAAGAGUUUGAAGUCACUCUGGUUGUUCUUGAAAAGGCGACAGUGUUUCCUUGAUCUCCACACAGUUCAACUGUUGCAUUGUAGUCAGAACAAGAUUCUUCAGAAAACUCCAGCUGGUGGACAGAUUUAAAUGGUCAAAGCGAAACUUUUCGUACUCCAAAACUUUUUUUACUUGAUACUUUUACAUUUUUCUUGGACUCAUGAACUUGAUGGAACUUUUUUAGUUCUGUGGACAGUUUGGAUUCAUCACUUGGAAGAAUAUGUUGCUUAUUUUGGAAAGAUGGAGAACCACCACUCCCAUUUGAGGGCUGCCAGAGCAGAACUCCCAAGGUGCGACAUGUGAGCAUUCUGUGCAGAGAAGAGAAAAUAAUUUGUAGGGGAAAAACUGCAAACUCUCGGUGUUGUGCGGAUUUAUGUGCGUGGUUUUUUUAGUCUUUUUGAUGAGUUUUGAACGUCUUCAACUUGUGCAGAGUUGAGCCAAUGAAAGAUGAAUUGCUCAAACGACACUUUAGAAAUCAAAACAUACCUUAAUCCACCGGGAGACUGGUUCUCCGUCAUGGCGGUCAUCAUCAUCCUGGUCACCGUUGUUGGAAACCUGCUGGUCAUCAUCGCUGUGGCACGCACUCCACAAUUACAGACUUCAACAAACAUCUUAAUCAUGUCCUUAGCAUGUGCGGACCUCAUCAUGGGGGUCCUUGUGGUCCCAUUUGGGGCCAGUUAUGUCCUGAUAGGUAACUGGCGGCUCGGCAGAACUUUCUGUAACCUCUGGACUUCAAUUGACGUUCUGUGUGUGACGGCAAGCAUUGAAACGCUUUGUGUCAUCGCUGUCGAUCGGUAUGUAGCCAUUACAAGACCUCUGCGAUACACAGUUCUACUCUGUAAAUUUCGUGCAAGAGUGAUAGUCUGUUUAGUCUGGGGCGUGUCGACUUUAAUUUCGUUUGUACCAAUUAUGAUGAUAGAUUGGUUGUGGAAAAAAAACGAGAGCAGUUGUUAUGAAAAUACUAACUGCUGUGACUUUGUGGUUAACAAAGAAUAUGCUAUUUCAUCCUCGUUAGUCUCUUUUUAUAUCCCACUAGUAAUAAUGAUAGCUGUGUACGCACAAGUCUUUGUCAUUGCUGCACGACAGGUCAAGCUCAUAAAGAAAGCUCGGCCGCGUUUGCAGAACGAAUGCCUUGCACAGAUUCAAAGUGGCUCCAACGUGAACAAUCUCCUGCCCCCUGCAUGCCUGGGCUCCAACAGCUUCAACAACAUGGCCAGGAGAAAGAGCACCAAGAGGAGACCAUCACGACUGCUGAUUGGUGAGCUCAGAGCCAUCAAGACUUUGGGCAUCAUCAUGGGGACCUUCACGAUAUGCUGGCUGCCGUUCUUUGUUGCCAACAUUAUCCAAGCCUUUAGUGAAAUACAGUUGAACAAUCGGCUGUUCUUGUAUUUGAACUGGCUGGGUUACAUCAACUCUGGUCUCAAUCCCAUCAUCUACUGCAGGAGUCCGGAGUUUCGAACUGCUUUCAAGAACCUAAUUGGCUGCCCGUGGCUGUCCACGGUGUGGUUAAACUCUUUUUAUAAGGAGCUGCGAACUCGCUGCUCCUGUUUUCUGUGGCAAACUGAGUCGGCCACUGUGGGCUCUUUCCAAAAGUCUCCAGACAGCAGGACUGAUGGUAAUGGCAGCCUGGGCAGCAGAAGUGAGGAGAUAUCUAUUGGUCUGUCGCAGUCCAAUGGCAGCACACAGCUCACUGACUGUUUGGAACCAGAAUCCCAAAUCUCCCACACUGAAGACUUCGUUGGUGAUUUAUCCUGCAAGGAAGAGAAAGUCAGGACAAAUGCUGACCUUGAUGCACCUGCACGAACGGCAAACGGACGAACACCCCACCAGUUUGAACCUGUCCAACCAGAAGGUUCUGCUGGGGCUGAUGUGGAAGCUGCCGAUGGUGAUGGGCCAAACUGAGCAGGAACUGCUAACUGCAGCACAUCACAAUGAAAGGAUGGCUGAACUGAUAAAUGUUGAUCUACUGAAGCAAACUGUUACUGUGACUCCUGCGGCGUCCGAGACCAAUCAGCCUUGAAGACAAGCUAAAGUACAACAACAGCUGAAUGAAGCUCUCACCCGCACGGCGAACGGACUGACGGAAAGCAGCAGCUUCGGCUCGGAAAGGACCGCUACAACUUUUUAUUUUUUUUAUUUUUCAUUUUUCUUAAGGCAGGACAUCGACUGCUGCUGCGUGCUGCUCCACAGACAUUUGUUGACACCAGAUGUACUUUCUGCUGCCAUCCACAUGUUGACAUGUUGUUUACAAAGAAUGUUCAUGAAUAAGACAAAUGCACAUUCUAAAUGCUAAUCUUUCAAACACAGCGCACAAUGUGAGCCCUGUGGUCACAGAAAUGUCAGCUUCAUCUAAUUAUUUACAGUGCAUUAAGUGGUAAGUUAUGUAUUUAUGAUACACCGAAUGUGUAGCAAAAUGACCAGUUCUUUCGAGGCUGGCAUCACCCUAGAGACACUUUCAUCACACAAACCUUUCCAUACCAACAAGCUGUGCAGUGAAAUAUUCAACUCUGUCCCCAACCUGUUUUUGUUCUGAGCUUUGGCUCUUUCGUCGCACAAAUUUCCCUCGACUCCCAUUUUGUUGUUGUUGUUGUUUUUUUUACGUUAUAACGUGAAAGUAUUUGUUAUAAAACCUUCAAUAAGAUGCUGAUUCAUACAUGUUUUUGUGCAAGCAAGGUACAGUAUUAUAAACUACAGGUAAAUAUGUAUAUCAAGUAAAUUUACAAUAUGCUGUGUUGCUUACAAGGUUUAUGCCAGUAUAAGCUCACUCCAAAUAAAAAGAAAAAUGGAUUUACAAAAGGGAACUUUGCUUGCACAUUGUCAAUUAUUACACAAUUGUACACAAUGACAAUUUGGGGUAAUAAUAUAGUGAAAAAAGUUGAGUUUUUUGAAUGAGUUGGCGGGAAUGUAGACUAGUGAAGACACAACAGGUCGAAACAGUUUACAGAGAAACUAUGAGGGAAACGUUCUGAUAUAAGGUACAAUUCAAGUUCACAAAACAGGGAAAAUGUAUUUCUUUGUGCAAACAGUCACAAGGCCCGACUUUAUCAAGAGCCAUUACAUUAUAGGCACCACCUCAGCCUGGUAGGGACACGGCUCGGUAAGAAAUAUCGCCUGUUUUCAAAUGCAUGCAAGCAUAUCUACAGGCUCAGUCCUGAAUUGUUCAUUGGGAUGCAGCUGCCUGUGCACAUUCUAGUUUCGUCCUUUCAGCCUUUUCAAUACUGUAUUGUAGUUUUGAGAAAUGUUCUUUCUGAAUGCAAAACAUUUUUCUUUUUUUCUAAGUUUGCUGCACAGUAGCUGAACUCCAACACCACGGAGAGUAACAAUGAGGCAUUAGAUAAGGCUAAUCUCCUGAAUAAAUCCCACUACAAGGCUGCAGGAUAACAGAUCACAUCUCAAUUGAAUUAUGCAAUCAACCCACAAUAAACAUCUUGGUAACAUUAAUUCAUUUUAAACACAGUUGCGUUUUGAUGUACAUUUAUAGCCUCUUAAAAUAGCAAAUUAAAGCAGUUGAAAAGAAGUCAUUUUGUACUGCAGCGAAUAUUUCUUAAAGCUAGACGACAUAUAUUUUUCUUAAAGUCAGCUUUAGAUUUAUGUAUGGUGGCUUAACUUUUUAACUUUUUAAUAUUCUAAGUACGGAUCUUUAAAGUAUUGAUGAUUUCUGAAUUUCUUGUCACAAUGUAAAAUAAAACUAGGUCAUCACACAAUGUACUGCUAGAAAAAAUAAGAUACGUUGUAAAAAAUAUAAAAAAAUAUUUUUUUAUUAGUUUUGUGGCCUUAAAUUUCUUUUGUCAAAUCAGAACUGUUUAAAACAUUUCCCUUUGAUGGACUGCCAAGCUUAUCAGAUGGAUGGAUAUCACUAAUACUUAAUAAUUCACCGUAAUUUAAGUUUUAUUUCACUGAUUCCGUUUCAGGGUUAAACAACCUGUACGCUAUUUGAGAUGCCUCUAAAAGUCUAACUGUGUUAAACUUCUGAAUUACGCUCAACAUUUGCAGACCGAAAUUUUAUCAUUGUUAAUUUACGUUAUUAUUGUAAUUAUUAUUAAUUUAUCAUUACUACAAUGAAAUAGUUGAACAAUUUUAAAUAUUGCUCCGUUUCAGACAUCUGCAUUCCUGUAGCAGUUGUAUCUGCCAAAUUGUUCCACUAUGAAGCAGAAAAUGUUGUUUAUUUAAGUCGCAUUCAUUAUUACAGUAAGGUUUUUAAAAUGUCAAAAACAACACAUCAGUUGUUGUGAUUUUGUUACACCAGAAAGGAAAGGAAGAGAAUGGCAACUCAGGACAAAAUAAAGAUGAUUUUUUUUUGUGUAUGGUGACGUAAUGUUUUCAUUCCUUUCUCUUCUCCCUGAUCCCCGUUCAGAUUUAUCUCAGGAGGCCCUGAGGGGUCCCGACCUCCACACUGGGAGCCAAUGUUCCACAACAUUGAGCGCUGGAAAACUAAUGUUGCUAUGAGCUCCAGACCCACAACAACGUUUUCACCCCCCCCCCAGUGUUAUUUCUGGUGACCAUACACCCGGCAAAAUCUACUACUGUCCUGUUGCCUUGUGUUGUGCAGCGAGGGUCAUCUGCUGUUUUGAGAGGAAUUCGGAUAAUUUGGGACCUCUGAAAAACAAACUAACUGCAGAUUGCAAGACUUUGUAAAAACAAACCGUGUGCAGACGUCAGCUGCUCCAGAUGUUCUCUCUGACUGCAGAAUUAUCAGAAGCCGCAACAAAUCAGAAGUGGAAGCGAUUGUCCCGUCUGAAGUUUAGCCUCACUCCCAUCAGCUGAUUUCUGUUACGAUGUUUUCCAAUCAGGUGCAAAUCAGUUGUAGACAUUUGUUUACAUUGUUUGCUUACAACAUUUGUUUAGGAAAAAUACAAAUCGUUUAUUUUUUGUGAUUAAAUUUAUAAACAAACAAAAUGGCAGUGUUUUGAAUAUGUGACAAAAUCAUAUCCUUUGAUAUCACUACAAGACAGAUACAUAUAUUGGUCACCUCUUUAUAUUCCACUUUAAUAAGGGACAUAGAAAAAAAAAUACAUCAAUAAUUUAAAGUAAAAUAUUAGAAGUAAUCCAGUGCAGAACGUCUUGUGAAGUCCUGAUGACCCACAGCUGUACAUUAAUCUUUCACCAGGACAUUACAGUCAGUAACAUUGGAUCCUGAUCUGAACUUUUACAACCACAUCAAAUCUAUCAUAAAACUGCAUAUUAUCACCUAAAAAGUAUUGCUAAAAUUAGAUGACUUAUGUCCCCACAAGAUUCCGAGAAAUUAGUUCAUGCCUUUGUUUUUAGCAGACUCGAUUACUGCAGUGGCAUUUUUACUGGGUUAUCAAAGAAGCAGUAAGGCAGCUCCUGCUUCUCCAGAACGCUGCUGCAAGUGUCCUUACUAAAACAAAAAAGAGAUCAUCGUAUCAGUCCAGUUCUGAGCUCCCAGCACUGGCUUCCUGUUGCUCAAAGAACAUAACUUAAAAUCUCCUUCAUGGUUUAUAAAGCUCUUCAUAAUGGAAACCCAGAUUACAUUUCUGGUCUUCUUCAACUCUACAUACCACUUUAAGAUCUGCUCCCAGCUUGAGUUUACUUAAAACAGGGUUAAAAACCUUUUUUAUUUGCAGUUACCUAUUCUUAAAAUUUUUAAUUCUAUUUGCUUAAUAUAAUAUUUAAGACUUUUAAUAUUCACUCUGUCUAUUUUGAAUCAGCUUGAUGUUUUUAGCUAUCUUGUGUGUUGUUUUUAACGUUUUUUGUACAAGCACUAUGAAUUACCUCUGGCUGAAAGGUGCUAUAUAAAUAAAGUUGCCUUGCAUUGUC